AUGCACUGGCGACUGGGAUGUGGUGACCAGGAGGCCGAGGCAGCAGCAGCAGCGAGGCCUGGGACGCGGAGACUAGGUGGCAGAGGCAGCAGCAGUAGAAGCACCGACGACUGGGAUGCGGCGACCGGGAUGCCGAGGCAGCAGCAGCAGCAGCAGCAGCAGCAGCGAGCACCUGAUGGCGGCGACCACAGCAGCAGCGACCACUGGGAACCAGAGACCUGGCAGCUGAGGCUGCAGCAGCAGAAGUACAAACGAUUGGGGUGUGGUGUAUGGGAGGGCGAGGCAGUAUCAGCAGCAGCAGCAGCAGCUAGCACUGGGAGCCAGAGAACUGGACGGAUGAGGCAGCAGCAGGAGAAGCACCGACAACUGGGAUGCAGUGACCGGGAGUCCGAGGCAACAGCAGCAGCGAGCAUUGGGAACCGGAGGCCGAGACAGCAGCAGCAGCAACAGCAACAACGAGCACUGGGCACCGGAGACCUGGCGGCUAAGGGAGCAGUAGCAGAGGCACGGGUGGCUGGGAUGCGGAGAAAGGGAAUCCGAGCCGACUGGGAGGCGGUGAUCGGGAGACCGAGGCAGCAGCAGCAGCAGCAGUGA